CUCUCUCUCUAGAAUUCCUUGUGAUUUCUCUCUCUCCUUCCUCCUCUGACGCGAAUCUUAGACCAACCCAGAAAAAAGAAGAAGAAGAAGAAGAAGAAAAAGAAGCCAUGGCUCUUCCGACAAUAUCACCCAACUCUAGUUGCAGUCGUAGCAGUUGGGCUAGUUAUGAACACCUCCCAUCAUCUUCUUCUUCGUUAUCGUCUUCGCUAGCGGACUUGGGCUUCUUGCCCAUGGCCAGCAAACAGAAGAUCAAGCCCAUCAACACCACCACCAGAUCCACAGUAAAUGGUGCUUUGCAAUCUCCUCCCAUCCUCCAUUUCCCAAGGCAAUCCCACCAACCCCUACCACCACCACCACCACCUGCAAUAACUAUUAUAGGACAACCCUGCAGCACCUCCACCGCCGCCGCCGCCACCACCGAGAAGACCCACCACCCCCACCACCACCUUCCACAGUGGAAUUUCCUGCAAAAGGCUGCCGCCGACGCCUUGGACUUCGUCGAGAGCGCGCUGAUUUCGAGAGAGCUCCACCACCCGCUCCCCAAGACUGCCGACCCCCGCGUUCAAAUCGCGGGGAACUUCGCCCCCGUUCCUGAGCAGCCCGUCUGCCGCCACCUCCCCGUCGCUGGCAAGAUCCCCGAUUGCAUCAAUGGUGUCUAUGUGCGGAACGGCGCUAACCCGCUGCACGAGCCCCUUGCGGGGCACCACUUGUUCGACGGUGACGGCAUGGUCCACGCGGUGACGAUUAGCGGAGGUUCGGCCAGCUAUGCCUGCCGGUUUACCGAGACGCAGCGGCUGGUCCAGGAGCGGGAGCUGGGCCGGCCCGUGUUCCCGAAGGCCAUCGGUGAGCUGCAUGGCCACUCCGGUAUCGCCCGCCUCCUCCUCUUCUACGCGAGGGGGGUGUUCGGCCUUCUCGACCACAGCAGCGGGAGCGGAGUCGCCAACGCCGGCCUUGUCUACUUCAACAACCGCCUGCUGGCGAUGUCCGAGGAUGACCUGCCGUACCAGGUGAGAGUCAAGCAAUCCGGCGACCUUGAGACGGUGGGCCGGUACGACUUUGACGGCCAGCUCGAGUCCACUAUGAUCGCCCACCCCAAGGUCGAUCCCAUCACGAAGGAGCUCUUUGCCCUGAGCUACGACGUUGUCCACAAGCCUUACCUCAAGUACUUCAGGUUCUCGCCGGACGGCGAGAAGUCGCCGGACGUCGAGAUCCCCCUGCCGCUACCGACCAUGAUGCACGACUUCGCCAUCACCGAGAACUUCGUCGUAAUCCCGGACCAGCAGGUCGUGUUCAAGCUCCAGGAGAUGCUAUGCGGCGGCUCGCCGGUGAUCUACGACAAGGACAAGAUGUCCCGCUUCGGGAUCCUCGACAAGAGGGCGAGCGACGCGUCGGGGAUCCGGUGGGUCGAGGCACCAGGCACGUUCUGCUUCCACCUGUGGAACGCGUGGGAGGAGCCGGAGCAGGGCGAGGUGGUGGUGAUCGGGUCGUGCAUGACGCCGGCCGACAAGAUCUUCAACGAGUGCGACGAGAGCCUCCAGAGCGUGCUCUCCGAAAUCCGCCUAAACCCGACGACAGGAAAGUCCACCCGCCGACCCAUCAUUCACCCCUCCGAGCAAGUGAACUUGGAGGCCGGCAUGGUGAACCGGAACCUCCUGGGCCGGAGAACCAAGUACGCGUACCUCGCCAUCGCCGAGCCGUGGCCAAAGGUCUCCGGGUUCGCCAAGGUCGACCUCGAGACGGGGGAGGUCAAGAAGCACUUUUACGGCGACAACAGAUACGGCGGAGAACCAUUCUUCUCACCGGCCGGCAACGACCCGGCGAGGGAAGAUGACGGCCACAUUCUCGCCUUCGUCCACGACGAGGAGACGUGGACGUCGGAGCUCCAGAUCUUGAACGCCGCGAGCCUGGAGCUCGAGGCCUCGGUCAGGCUGCCGUCCAGGGUCCCCUACGGCUUUCACGGGACGUUCAUCGAGUCCCAAGACUUAGCCAGCCAAGUAUGAUAUAAAUCUUCAGUUUUGUCUUACUUUCGUGGGUUUUCUUUCUCUUCUCCAGCCGGUGUAGUGUUACGUGGUGCUGCAGAGCGAAGCAGGUCUUCGCCGGAGAGACACGUCGUCCGGUUCCUGGUGGGACACGAAACCUGAAACACGAGCACAAACCAGACUUCCUGGUUUUGUUUGUUGUUUUUUAAGUUUUAUGUUGGGGGAAAAAUAACAACAAAAAACUGGCAGAGACCAGCUAGUAGCUUUUGGACAGUGUGCAGUUUUUGAGCUCAGCUGGUUUCUGUUUUUAUUUUUAUUUUUUUUGUCGGCUUUUUUCCUAUUAUUAUUGUGUAAUGUCAUUUACACACACACAAAAAUGUAAUUUUAUGAUUAAUUAGUUUAUUUCUGCAUUCUGUAAA